GUUCAAGUCUUUUCUGUUCGCGCUCAGUUGUGUGAGCCUCGGCGGAUACCGUAGUCAGGUGAUCUGAACCGGAACUGUUGCCGGGUGCGGCCAUGGCUCCAGACCCCUGGUUGUCGAUGUAUGAUUCUACUUAUCUUAUUGCUCAAGAAAUUGCUGAAAAAAUUCAAGAACGCAACAGAUGUCAGAGGAAUGGUGAAAGUACAACUAAGCUCAAUGCUGUCAUCCGGUCACUGCUGCCAAGUCUCAAAGAAAAGACUGAUCAUCUGAAGGAACUGCUGUUUCGCUCUGUAUCAACACGUCAGAUAACACAACACGAAGGAGAUAGACGGCAGAAUUUACUGGAUGAUCUUCUCACACGACAUGGACGACUUCAGGCAUCUUUCAGAAAUGAUGACACGGAACCAGAAGUGAUAAGGUCCAGCCUAAUGACAGGAAGGGUCAAGCAUGGCACAACAAACCCAUGGCUUGUGGAAGAACCUGAGGAAACCAGGGGCCUUGGCUUCGCUGAUAUCCAGCAGCAGCAACAGAGAAUCAUUGAAGAGCAGGACGCUGGUCUUGAUGCUCUCUCUUCAAUCUUGUCUCGACAAAAACAGAUGGGGCAGGAAAUUGGGAAUGAACUGGAGGAACAGAACGGGUUAUGUGCUAGCAAGCCAACAAGAGUAGGUUUUGGAGGUGGUGGCCUGGCAGUGGGAUGGGAUUCUUGGUGAAGACGCUACCCUUG